CCCCGCCCCACACCCCCGCGGAGCGCGGGCGCCGCCGAGGCGCGCGCGUGUGCGAGUGAUGCUGAAGAUGAAUGUGAUGUGUGUGCUUGUGCUGGCGACAGUGGGGCAGGCGGCCCAUUACACGCACCAGUGGGCGGUGGGCAUCGACGGCGGCGCGACGCGCGCCGACGAGAUCGCCAGCGACACGGGUUCACCAACCUCGGCCUGAUCGUGGGCGACCGCUACCUGUUCGUGCACCCGGGCGUGGCCAAACGCUCGGCCGACCCCAGCCGCCAGCACCACCAGCGCCUGCUAGGAGAGUCCAAGGUGUCGUGGGCGCGACAGCAGGUGGCGCACUCGCGGCAGAAGCGGGACCUUCUGCCGCUGCGGCCGCGCCGGGGCCAGCCCGUCGCCCUCAACGACCCGCGCUGGCCGCAGAUGUGGUACCUGAACCGGGGCCACGGGCUGGACAUGAACGUGCAGCCGGCCUGGCAGCAGGGCGUGAGCGGGCGCGGCGUCGUCGUCACCAUUCUGGACGACGGGCUGGAGAAGGACCACCCCGACCUCUACCGCAACUACGACCCGCAGGCGAGCUACGACGUCAACAACCACGACGAGGACCCGAUGCCGCGCUACGACCUCAUCGACUCCAACCGGCACGGCACGCGCUGCGCGGGGGAGGUGGCCGCCACCGCCAACAACUCCAUCUGCGCCGUCGGCGUCGCCUUCGGAGCCAGCGUCGGCGGUGUGCGGAUGCUGGAUGGAGAUGUGACGGAUGCGGUCGAGGCGCGCUCCCUGUCCUUGAACCCGCAACACAUCGACAUCUACAGCGCCUCUUGGGGUCCGGAUGACGACGGCAAGACGGUGGACGGGCCCGGGGAGCUGGCCACACGUGCCUUCAUCGAGGGGGUCUCCAAGGGCAGGAACGGGAAGGGAUCCAUUUUUGUUUGGGCAUCUGGAAAUGGUGGGCGUGAUCACGACAACUGCAACUAUCUUCACCAUCAGUGCACAAGUAGUCACACAGGUACCUCAGCAUCAGCACCUUUGGCUGCUGGUAUUUGUGCUUUGGCUUUAGAAUCAAAUCGUGAUCUCACUUGGAGAGACAUGCAACACAUUGUUGUUCGGACAGCCAAACCAGCAAAUCUCAGAACGUCUGACUGGAAAACUAAUGGAGUGGGAAGAAAUGUAAGUCACUCUUUUGGUUAUGGACUGAUGGAUGCCUCUGCCAUGGUGCGUUUAGCGAGAGUGUGGAAGUCUGUUCCUGAGCAGCACAAGUGUGAGGUAUCUGCUCCACACUCUGAUAAGCUAAUACCAGCAAAAAGUCAAGUUCUUCUCCAGUUACAUGUGAGAGAAUGUGCUGGAAUUAACUAUCUUGAGCAUGUCCAGGCAAAAAUUAGUCUUGCAUCCUCCAGAAGAGGUGACUUGCAGAUCCAUCUUACUUCUCCUGCAGGCACACGCACAACACUUCUAGCUCGUAGGCCUCAUGAUGUUUCACGAGCUGGAUUUCAGAAUUGGCCAUUCAUGUCAGUACACACAUGGGGAGAAAAGCCCUUUGGAAUUUGGAUUCUAGAAAUCCAUAAUGAAGGACGUUUCUUAGGCCGUGCAACUCUGCAAGAAUGGGCCCUUAUAUUUUAUGGUACUGCAGAAAAUCCUUAUGGAAAUGACAUUCCAAAUCCAGCUGCCCCAUCUCAUUCUCCUCAUGCUAAUCCUUCUCAGUCUGGCUCAGGGAAAGGAACAAGACCUUCACGCCCAAGACCUGCACCUAGUGUUUUCUCAUCACCUUAUGCUGUCAACUCAUCUCCUAGGAAAGGGAAGAAUCGCGUUCAUAAGACUAAUGGGGGGAAAUCAGCAUCUCACCAUGCAUCAUCCUCUGCUAACACUGGGCGACCUUCAGCUAUUGAAAUCCGCAGACCAACUAUGCCAACUGCAUCCCGACCUCGAGUCAGGCCUACCACAAAACCAACAUUCCCAACCACUACUCCCACAACUUCAGAAACGAUUACAAUCACUCCAGUUACAAAAAAUAUUACUGUAACAUCAACUCCUCUAAUAGAAAUGGUUGCUUCUGUUGGCAACAUUUCUGCACAGCAGGAAGUGUCUACAAAAGCUCCUUCCAGGGCAUCUCCCACUUACCCAGAAUAUCCUAUCGUGCAGCAACUCUAUCCCUUAUAUGCAUUAUCCAAAUUGGAGGGUCUGAGUUCUGGCAAAGGACGUGUGGACCCUUCCUCAUUCCGUGACUCACGUGUUAACCUUGCAUCCAGCUCUGGCCUGGACUUGCUUCGACCAGACUCUCACCGUCCAGGACUCAUCAAGGGUAUUUCACUUGUUGUAUCCUCCUGCAUGACUACCAGUUGUACCCUUCAUGAUUGGAAACUGGUACUCUAUGGUACAGACACUGCCCCAGGUAUCAACCUCCAACAAGAGACCGCCCCUGAUCUGGGAGAUGGGGAAUCUUCCCUUGGGCCUUCAAGCAACGAAGACCUGUUACCACCAGUUGAACCGAAGGAAAAAAUCCUGCCAAAGGAUGAGGAUAUUAUGCAUAAUGACAUUUUGCGCACCACGACUGAGAAUGAUGCCCUGUCUUCAGGCUGCAUUGCACUCUCCAAGAAGGGACAGGAUUGUAUAGGUUUGUGCCUUCUUGUAAUUGCCCUAGCCUAUGAAUCUGGUGCUUUCAUUCAGGCUGAUUUGAAGUGUUAUUCAUUGACAGAAUUUCUUUGUACUUAUGAAAGUUGCUCAAAACGAAAGUCAGUUUUGGUGUUUCACAUUGUCAAUGAAAAUGACAGUUAUGAUCUUGCUGGUAGUGCAUAUUCAGUGUGA